UUAUUUUUAAUUACUAUUUUUCCUGUCUACGUGACUUUACCGAAAGAACCAAAGAAUAUGAAUUCCUGCAGUCACGAAAGUUUUAAGUCAAAAUCAUACAUAAUGUUUGGCCAAUUCCAUCAACGGGUCUUUGGCAUGUCAUAGGAAACCAGAGUAUCUGAAGACAAUCCACCACGUGUACGAGGGGAUAACUCUUGAAGCUGUGCGCAGAUGGGUUCAUGGGUACACUGUACUGUCAUCCCCUGGCAUCCUCAAUCCAAGGGGGUUUGGGAGUUGCACAAAUCUCUACGCGAUCCACUGACAUUUCCCUCCCAAGCGCUAAAUCACAGGAGCACAUUACCAUCACCGCUCCUGGCCAGGGAACUCCGGUUAAGGACGUGGUGAUUGGGCCCGACGCGCCCAGCUCCCUGCUGCUUUCCAAGCAUGCGGACUACAUCGCCGAGUACAGCUCCAAGAAGGACGACUAUGAGUACUGCAUCACGGAAUACCUGCGCAUGAGCGGCGUGUACUGGGGCCUCACCGCCAUGGAGCUCAUGGGCCAGCUGGGCCGCAUGGACCGCGACGAGAUCCUGCGCUUCGUGUCCGAGUGCCAGCACGAGUGCGGCGGCAUCAGUGCCAGCCAGGGUCACGACCCCCACCUGCUCUACACGCUCAGCGCCGUGCAGAUCCUGGUGCUGUACGACAGCCUGUCGAGCGUGGACGUGGAGAAGGUGGUGAGCUACGUACGCGGCCUGCAGCAAGAAGACGGUUCGUUCGCCGGCGACAAGUGGGGUGAGAUCGACACGAGGUUUUCCUUCUGCGCUGUGGCGACGCUCGCACUGCUGGGCCGCCUCGACGCCGUGGCCGUGGACAAAGCCGUCAAGUUCGUCCUGUCCUGCAUGAAUUUUGACGGCGGCUUCGGGUGCCGCCCAGGCUCGGAGUCCCAUGCAGGCCAGAUAUACUGCUGCGUGGGCUUCCUGUCGGUGACCGGGCAGCUUCACCACAUCGACGCCGACCUGCUGGGCUGGUGGCUCUGUGAGCGACAGCUGCCUUCCGGCGGGCUCAAUGGACGACCGGAAAAGCUGCCGGACGUGUGCUACUCGUGGUGGGUGCUCGCAUCACUGCAGAUGAUCGGGCGCCUGCACUGGAUCGACCCCGACAAACUGCGGCGGUUCAUCCUCGCGUGCCAGGACGAGGAGACGGGGGGGUUUGCCGACCGCCCGGGAGACAUGGUGGACCCUUUCCACACACUGUUCGGCAUCGCGGGGUUGUCCCUGCUGGGAGAGGCCCAGGUGCGGCCCGUGAACCCUGUGUUCUGCAUGCCCGAGGAGACGCUGAGGCGGAUUGGCCUGGAUCCCGACAUCUUGGACUAGGGCGCCGCCCCCCCACCUCGCACGAGUCACGGGACACGGGGGCGUCGCAGCCGCCCUGGUUCCAGGAAAGCCGGCUCCCAGUCACGUGACCAAUCUCAGCGCCAACGCGAAACUUGACCAACAGGCAUGUGAACGAUGGACAGGGUUAAUAUAUACUCUUGGGUUCUUUCGGUAAAGUCACGUAGGUAUAAAAUAAAAUAAAAUAGAUCACGACGUUUCGGGCGCAACACAAGUGUCCGUCAUCAGGUGGGAAAGCAUGCUUUAUUUUAUACCUACGUGACUUUACCGAAAGAACCAAAGAGUAUGGAUUCCUGCUGUCACGAAAGCUUCAAAUCAAGAGGGUUAAUAUAGUUUAACAUUCAUCAUUGCACUUAACCUGUAAUGACUCAUCAAUUAAAGUUAAUGCUCAACUAAAACCUUGACUCGUGAGUCAUUGAUUGAUCAAUUAAAAAUCUGUUAAAGCCAUCAAUUAAUAUGCUCACGGCACAUGCAUUGAUCAAUUUAGGAAUCCAUUUAUGAAUCCUGGGAUAAUUGGCAAAUUGUAUUCAAGCGUUACGUACAAGUUGGAACCAGACAGAACUAAAGAGACCCAGUACAAAUGUAUAGCUGUGACAAUAUUUUAUUUUUUGGUAAUCCAAAUUAUGACAAUUCACUUUGUAUAAGGUCACGCGGUAAUCAAAUAACGAUGUAAGAUUUGUGACGUUUGAUUAUGAUUUUACACCACUGCCAACUCUACUCACGAUUUAUCCCCCACCGAAUGAUCCCACGGUGUGCAUGAAUGUAUCUGCCCUAUGAUGACUCUGAAGCUUCAUAAAUGAGUGACGUUCAGGUGCAUACUGGGUAUGUCAGUCUUUGGUGAUGGACAGGGUUCAGGCACAGACACUCCUCCCCCUCCCCCACUCGGGGGUCCAUCAACAGGAAGGACACGGCGUGUGGUCAGGUGCUCAUCGUGUGACCCGACGCAACAAACGAUGAUGAAGCGGAAUUGUGCGAUUCCUGUUGGGCAUUGUUGGAAUAAAUAUUUUGUGGACACGCGUUAA